UGCGGUUGUGUCGAUGUCCGUCACGACAUGAUAAAUUGCAGCGCGCACCGGCUGAGCAACAACCACCCUGCUCACCCUCUCUCACACACUCGCUUGCUUGCUUGCUGCUUGUUUGUUUGUCGACGACAAACAACAUGGGCAGAACCAUUCCCGACAGAGACACAAGCAGCGACAGCAGCGACAACGGCGACAACAGCGCGUAUGCACAGUGGCUGGAGACGCUCACGCGGACAGUGCUUGACGGUGCAGAGUACGUGGUGACAGCAGCACAAGAGGAUCCACGAGUGCUGGUGGCGACAGGCAUCGCUGUUGCCAUUGCUGUGGUCUUCUGGAUCAUGACUCACAAACGUCGACACAGCCGCGAACCAGCACAGCCCACAAGCCGCGAUAUACGGCAGCAGAGGCUGUCUGCACUUGGCGUUCCAGACGACAAAACAACCUCGACUCCGGCAAUGCAAGGGUCACCCGUGCAGGAACAGCAGGGGCAGCCGUCCCGUCCAGUGAAAGAUGACGCUGGCAGUAGCAGCGCACAGCAACCACGAGCUGUACCAGAGGCAAGCAGCCCACCGAGAAAGCGCCCAUCUCCCGCCGAGCUUCGACGGCGGAAGUUUGCGGUGGCAGCCUCCCCAACGUCGGGAAGCAUGCAGCAAGAGCCCCUGAAAACGACGACACCGACAGCACAACGUGCACGCCCAGCUGUCACGCCCGAGGCAGCCGCCAAGGCGCAGGCUGAGGUCAAGGCAGCCCUUGCAGAAAAGAGACGCCUGCGAUAUCUGUCCACCAUCGUCGGCGUUCCAAUCGAGUCGACCUCUGUGGACGUGGUGUCUGCGUACCGCCGCGCAGCAACAGACGCACGCCAGCCGCUCGCCUUUGCCCUUCGCGUGUGCAAUCGCAUCGCCCGCGAGCAGCGACCAGAGGACGUCGACAAAGACGCGAUCACGCGCCUCAAGGAGGCCGCUGGAGACGAUGUGCGGCUGGAGCUGGUCCAGAGCACCGCUGUAGGUGCAGCAGACCUACCCGCCUGGGCAAUGGGCGGUGGCGGCGGCAGCAACAGCGGCGGUGGCGGUGGGACUGUGUGGGAUAUUGUGCUGGAUGUGUGCACGGGCCAGAAUGGAUCACCAGCCGUCGUCGCAGAUCUCAUUGCCCCGCUUGAUGAGACGACACGGCAGGAGUGUGCAGUGUCGCUGCUCCGCACGGCCCUGCAGCCGCUGCGUGGCCUCAACACCGCCCGCACAUGGGACGCCAACAUGCUUGACCUCGCUCGCUUCUCCCUCGCCCGCAUCUCCUCCGUCUUUGCCCACACCCUCCUCGCCGACCUCGCUGCUUGCCUCGCCCCGUCAUCAUCGUCGUCGUCGUCAUCAUCAUCAUCAUCAGCAGGUGCAUCUGAGGUGGUGCAGCUGCUGUGCUCGCCCCUGUUCGUGUCCCCGCUCCACGCUUCUGCAGAGAAGAUGACGACAACGGCGGCGACGGCGGCGCUGGCGAAGGUGCGGCGCGGACCGCAGCCCGAGGAAGUGCUGCAGCCGCUGAUGGCACUGCAGGCUGCGGUGGUGAACUUCCUGCACACAACCGCUGCUGGGAUGGCACGAUGCAAGGGCGGCCAGACGCGUUUCCCGUACAGGGAUGACGUGAUCAUGCUGCUGACGCGAAUGCAUGCUGAGCAUGAUUACCGCCUUCGCUACACGGACCACACGCUGCUCUCUGACGCGACGUUCCAGCGACGGCUGUCGUCCAGCCACGGCCCGGCCCUCAACGCAGCCCACGUCGCCCUGCGACUGGCGAAACCGAUUCUGUGCUCGCCAGACCGCGCCUCGCUCGUCAACCUCGCAUAUGCGGACGCGUACAUGCGGGAGCACGUGGAUGCACAGCUCCUGCCGCCGUUUGUUCAGGCGAAGCGGGCACGCAGCGGGAACAAGGGGGAGCAGGAUGGUGGCGACAACGAUGGUGGUGAUGGGGAUGAUGAUGCUGUUGAUAAUCACGACGACGACGACGACGACGAUGCCAAGACACAGACGCACGCAACAAAGCUUGUUGCUGUGUGGUUGUCAUCGUUGUACAUUGCCCUUCCCGCCGCCUUCCACGCAUUCAAGCACACGUCCACCGUCUUUGAAAUGCGCAUGCGGGAAGCGAAGACGACUCAGACGGAGCGGGAUGUGUUGCGGGCGCGGCUGACGCGUCACCACAUUGCGUGGCGGCAACAGCUGCUGGCUGGCGGGUUCACCUCGGAGCUUGUACAGUGCUGUCUUCUCGCCCUCAUCCGCUUCUGCGACGACACCGCCCUCCACCGCGGCGGCGCAGGUGUGGAGGUGCUGAGCCGCGUGUCAGCACAGGCGGUGGAAUUUGCCAUCGCCCACUCCCCCGACGCCGUGCUUGCAGGCAUGAAGCAGCUCACCCCUGAAGACAUGGAGAAGUUCACGGCUUGGGCCGUGGCAUUGCUGCAGCAGAGCGCCGACCUGCCCAUCAUGGCAGGGAACCUUGCAUCCAUCUUGCACGCCCUCGUCAUUGAUGCGCGCGUGCCGUAUGCGCCGACAACGAAGGCGCACAUGUACAUCUCCGAGGCCACGGGCGCCCCGCUCAUCAAUCACCCGACCAUGGAGGCGGGUCUGCUGCCUGCGCUGAUGGCGACGUUCCGCGGUUUGGACGUCAUUGUCGGGCUCGAUGUCGAUCGAGAGUCCUUUGAUAAGUACGCAGUCAAGGCCAAGCUUGUCAAGCUGAUGAACGUGCUGCUAAAUGUCCCCGCCCACCGCCAAUCCCUGGCCAGCGCCUCGUCGCAGCUGCUGGAUGAAUUCUCCACCUCGCUUCUUCAGUCCUACCUCUUCGCUCUCGACUCAAACAUCACUCUGCUACAGCAGGUCCACUUUGCGGAGGAGCGUGUGUCCAAUCCCUCCACAGCGGCCGUUGAUCGCGUGCGCGCGCGCUAUCUGAUUGAGGACAACGCGGCCCGUAUUUCCGGCGCCAUGACCCCGCUCCUCCUGUACAUGGACCUCUUCUCCCUCCUCCUCCACGACGACCAUGUUGUUGCUGCGGCGACGUGUCGCCAGCCGCUCGCCUUCCUUGCCUCCGCCAUCACCCUCGUCACCACCCGCUUCUCCUCCCCGCGCCGCGCAGAGCUCUCUGUCCACCACACCUCUGCGCGCGCAUUUGACGUUGGUGCCGUUGCCAUCUCCGUGCUGAAUGCGGCCGUGACACUGCCGGCGGCGGCACAGCACCGCCUCGCCCGCGCCCUCGCCGACGACGACGAGUUUACGCUCGCGAACUUCCAUAGCCUCCUCGACCUCGUCCGCUCAAGGGAAACGCAGACAAUUGACAUGCCGGCGCUGGAGGCGUUUGCCCUCAAGAUCAACGCAGCAGGCCAACAACCGCAGUCGUCAGACCCCACCGCCGCUGUUGUGUCCGCACCGCCGCCAACGGAUGCGGAAGUGGCGGCCGAGGAGAGCGGCUACGAAGCCGCGCUCAAGCCACACGUGUUCGCCAUGACCAACCUCGCUCUCGAGGACGGGUCGACGGAGCACGUGUUUGCGUCGCGCGUGUCCUCGUCGCCGUCGGAGAAGACGGCGCGCUCGCUCAUGCGCGAACUCAAACAUCUGACGCGCAACAUCCCCAUCCACGUCGACUCGGCCAUCUUCGCAUGCGCCGACGAGGCACGGCUGCCACUCGUGCGUGCGCUCAUCAGCGGACCGCCCAACACCCCAUAUGCCUACGGCCUGUUCCUCUUUGACAUUCUCAUCCCGGAGCAGUACCCAUCGCAGCCGCCGCAGGUGCGGUUUCUCACCAACGGCCGCGGUCGAAUUCGCAUGAAUCCAAAUCUGUACAACAACGGCACCGUGUGCCUCAGCCUCCUCAACACCUGGCACGCUGCAGACACCCGCGAAAAGUGGUCCAAGUCUUCAAACCUCUACCAGGUGCUGCUUGCGUUGCAGACGCACAUGUUUGUGUCGAAGCAGAUGUACAACGAGCCCGCAACGGUUUCGCAGAACACACGCGAGGAUGAGGAGCGGGCGGAGCUGGACGACGAUCGCGUGCUUGAGGGCACCCUGCGCUACGGCAUCCUGGACAUGCUGCACCACCCGCCGCGCGGAUUCGAGGAGGUGGUGGCGCUCCACUUCACCAACUGCCGGCACCACCUGCGGCGUCAGAUCAGCGCGUGGCGGCGGCAGCGGCAGCGGCUGCACGUCAUUCCACAGCUGCUGGACGAGGUGGAGGCGAAGCUGCUGGCACUCGGAGAUGAGAAGCAGCCAUAGACUCUUGUGUUGUGUGCGUGUGCGUGUGCGUGUGCGUGUGUGCGUGUGUGUGCGAUGUGUUGUGUUGUGUUGCUGACACUUCCUUUUCCUUGCCAUAGCGGCAGGGGUUGAGAUGCUUGCACACACUUCUCUUGUUUCGUUACGUGGUAAAAGUGAAUGAAUGGACGAAUGAAUGGAUGGAUGAAUGAACAACCACCA